AUAGAAUAGAUACAGAAUCUAAAACAUAUAGUCAGUUAUUACUACUUGCGUUCCAUCUAUAUAUAGAAAAGAAUUUAGCAUAAACAAUUUUUAAAACCAAUGGCGUCUUUGAUAAUGCAAUCAUCUGUUAUUCCAGCAGCCUUAAACAAUCUUCGGACACAAUCUUGUUGUUGCUUCCCACAACAAAGCAGUAGUAGUUCAUUUGUUGUGAAACAUAGACAGCAUAAGAACAUUAGAAGACCAAUUAUUUCCUUAUCUGCUGUUGACGAAAAAGUUUCGGGUUCUGAACCAUCAUCAUCAUCCUUUGCAGCUGGGUUUCAGUUCCCCGAUAGUAUCAAGUCUUUGAAAUUUAAGUUGUUGAGUGCUGUAUCCGGACUUAAUAGAGGGCUUGUUGCAACCGAAGAAGAUUUGGAAAAGGCAGAUGCUGCAGCCAAAGAGAUUGAAGCUGUUGGGGGUCCUGUUGAUCUCUCAGCCGAUCUCGACAAACUUCAAGGAAGAUGGAAACUGAUAUACAGCAGUGCGUUCUCAUCUCGUACUCUAGGUGGAAGUCGUCCAGGCCCUCCAACCGGAAGGCUACUUCCUAUAACUCUUGGUCAGGUAUUCCAACGUAUCGAUAUCUUGAGCAAAGACUUUGAUAACAUAGUCGAGCUUGAACUUGGCGCGCCAUGGCCUCUUCAACCAGUGGAAGUGACUGCUACUUUAGCCCAUAAGUUUGAGAUAAUAGGAUCUAGCACUAUAAGAAUCAUAUUUGAGAAAACAACAGUAAAAACAACAGGAAGUUUAUCACAGUUGCCACCUUUGGAAGUACCUCAACUGCCAGAACAAUUUAGGCCGUCAACUAAUAGAGGAAGUGGUGAUUUUGAUGUUACUUACCUUGAUUCUGAUAUCCGCAUUACAAGAGGAGAUAGAGGUGAGCUUAGAGUGUUCGUGAUCUCCUAAACUGUAAUUUAAAUGUCAUUUGCUACAUAUGGUCAUUUGUACAUCAUGAUCUACAGGGUUCAUAUAUAAGAGGAUUUUUGGUAUGAUAAUGUAACAUAAAGUUGUUAUAGAUUCCUUUAUGUUAAAAUUUAUUUAAUUGACUA